AUGCCUCGGGGUCAGAAGAGUAAGCUCCGUGCCCGUGGGAAACGCCAGGAGACCCAUGGUCAGCCGCAGGGUCUCACAGGUCCCCAGGCCACUGCAGAGAAGCAAGAAGAGUCCCACUCUUCCUCAUCCUCUUCUCACGAUUGUCUGGGGACUCGUCGUAGGUCUUCUGAUGCCUCCGUUCCUCAGGAAUCUCAGGGAGUGUCACCCACUGGGUCUCCUGAUGCAGUUGUUUCAUGCUUAAAAUCUGAUGUGGCUGCUAAGGGCCAAGAUGAGAAAAGUGCAAGCACCUCCCCUGAAGCCUCCAUUCCUCAGGAGUCUCAGGGAGUCUCACCCACUGGCUCUCCUGAUGCAGGUAUUUCAUGCUCAAAAUCUGAUGUGGCUGCCAAGGGCCAAGAUGAGAAAAGUGCAAGCACCUCCCUUGAAGCCUCCAUUCCCCAGGAGUCUCAGGGAGCUUCACCCACUGGCUCUCCUGAUGCAGGUAUUUCAGGCUCAAAAUAUGAUGUGGCUGCCAAGGGUCAAGAUGAGGAAAGCGUAAGAGCCUCACAGAAAGCCAUCAUUUUUAAGCGCUUAAGCCAAGAUCCUCUAAAGAGGAAGGCGUGCGCAUUGGUGCAAUUGCUGCAGGAGAAGUUUGAGAAGAAAGAGUCCAUUUUGAAGGCAGACAUGCUGAAGCGUGUUGGUAAACGUUACAAGCACUACUUCCCUGAGAUCCUCAACACAACCUCUGAACGUUUGGCAGUGGCCUUUGGCGUUGAAUUGAAAGAAAUGGAUUCCAGCGGCGAGUCCUACACCCUUGUUAGCAAGCUGGGUCUCUCCAGUGAAGGAAUUCUGAAUGAUGCUAACGGGCUGCAGAAGUCGGGUCUCCUGAUGUCAGUCCUGUGUGUGAUCUUCAUGGAGGGCAACCGUGCCACUGAAGAGGAGGUCUGGGAGUUCCUGAGUUGUUUGGGGAUCUAUGCUGGGAUGACACACCCAAUCUAUGGGGAUCCCCAGAAGCUCAUUACUGAAGAUUUGGUGCAAGAUAAGUACGUGGUUUACCGGCAGGUGGGCAACAGUGAUCCUCCACGCUAUGAGUUCCUGUGGGGUCCACGAGCCCAUGCUGAAACCACCAAGAUGAAAGUCCUGCGUGUUUUGGCCAAGAGCAAUAAAACCAGUCCUGGUUUAUACCCACAUCUGUAUGAAGACGCUUUGAUGGAUGAGGUAGAGAGAGCAUUGAGACUGAGAGCUUAAGGCAGAACUGGCACUAUUCCCUUGGCCAGGGCACCUUAUGGGGCCACAUCCUACAGAUCCU